AUGAGCGAUGAGCUCGAGGAGGACGUUGAACAGCUCGGUGAAACGGAGUCCGCCGAGCGGGACGAGGACGUCGACCAGCUCGAGAUGCCUUACGCGACUGCAAUCCUGAACCAAACCCUGGCAGACUGGAUCCGAUAUCGAGAAGUAGCAGCGAGCAAUGACGAACAGAGCAAUAGCGGAGCAAGCUCAUUGCCGCAUUUGACUGCAGAGAUGAAUUUCGAUAGAGCAUCGUUGAAGGCUCAUUUGCGUAGCAAGCACCCGGAAAUUUCCGCCACAGAAGCAGACGUCCUGGUACGGCUGGCAUCGAGCGUGGCAGCUCCAGGAAAGCGUCCAGAAUGUCCAUUAUGCGUGCUGGCUGCGUUUGAAGGCUACACCACGCAGAAGUCUAUAGAGCCUUUCAAUGAUGAUCAGUCUUUCAAGCGACCCAUACCACAUCAGCCCAAGCUUCCUCACCAGCACGACCGAGCAAGAGCACAUCUCUGUAUCAGAAACCGAAGUGGCGACGGGUGA